AUGGAUGAACCGCAAGACUACAGCACGGCCGAGCAUGCCACCAACGCGCCCAUUUUACUACUGUCGAAGGAUGAACAUCGCGUCCUGGCGCUCUACGAUGAACUCCGCGACCUCGAGGUGAAGGUUGCACUCAUCAAAGCACAGCAGAGGCACACACCAGGUGGUUUACCACAUUCUUCAAUACAAAACAACGAAAAGAACGUGCGACAGGCACAACAAGACGCGGCAAAGGCGCGUGCUGGAUGGCUGUUGAGGAACGACAUCACGGAUAGCGUCAUCACGGCCAACCCAAUCCUCAAAGCCAUCCAUAGCAGCACGCAAUCCACGCCCAUAGAAACUGACCUCCUUCCGCACGUUCGCGCCCGCGACACCGCUUCAGUCGCGCUCUCGGAAAUCUCCUCUGACAUUCGUGCCGCUGUCAACGAGCUUACAGACAUUGAAGCCGAGAACCUGCGGGUGGGCCGGCGGAACAUUGGGCUCACGGCCCAGAUCCUCCGACUGACCGAGGAGGCAGAGACGAGGCGGGCGGGGGAGACGGACGACGCCGCCGUCCAGGCGGAUAUGGCUAGGCUGCAGACCGAGGUUAAAGCCAGCAGGCAGCGGUGGAAGGUCAUGAAAGGCACAGCCAGCGCCGUAAUCGUCGGCAGCGGCAUCGAUUGGACCAAAGAUGAGGCGCUGUCGGACAUCGUAUUGGAUCCCGAGGAUGAAUGGUGA